UACUCAUUCUUUCUUUAACCUUCUGAGAUUUGCAGAAAAAUGGCUCGGCAUUACCAUCUGUCUUCUCUUUUACUACUUACAUUUCUUAAUUUAUUCUUCAUUCAUGGCAACAUAACUGGAGCGACUGCACGUCACCUUCUAGAGACGCCCGUUCCCGAGAUACCUAAACCACAACUCCCGAAAGUCCCAGCCUUGCCAAAGCCUGAAAUCCCAACUAUGCCGAAUCCAGAGCUCCCAACCAUACCAAAGCCAGAGAUACCCGCUAUUCCUCCGACUAUGAAAAAGCCAGAAAUUCCAUCUAUGCCAAAGCCAGAAAUUCCAGAACUACCAAAUUCAAAAGCCCCACAACUUCCAAAGCUAAAAGUUCCAACAAUGCCAAAGCCUGAAAUCCCAAAACUACCAAAGCCAAAAGCCCCAGAGCUUCUAAAGCCUGAAGUUCCAACACUGCCAAAACCUGAAAUCCCAGAACUACCAAAGCCAAAAGUCCCAGAACUUCCAAAGCUUGAAGUACCAACUAUGCCAAAGCCUGAAAUCCCAGAACUACCAAAGUCAAAAGUCCCAGAGCUUCCAAAGCCAGAAGUCCCAAGCAUGCCAAAGCCUGAAAUCCCAGAACUACCAAAGCCAAAACUCCCAGAGCUUCCAAAACUAAAAGUUCCAACUAUGCCAAAGCCUGAAAUUUCAGAACUACCAAAGCCAAAAGUCCCAGAGCUUCCAAAGCAAGAAGUCCCAAGCAUGCCAAAGCCUGAAAUCCCAGAACUACCAAAGCCAAAACUCCCAGAGCUUCCAAAGCUAAAAGUUCCAACUAUGCCAAAGCCUGAAAUUCCAGAACAGCCUACUCCUUGAGUAAAUUAUAUGCUACUUUCACUCUAUUAGAAAGUACCCAAAUGAUGUUUUGGGAUUUCCGUCUCAGUUUAUGAUGUUUGCGACCUGGAGAUAGUAUUGGAUACUUUCUGGUAGGAGUAGAACUUGUAAUUCUUUUAUAGUAGUACUUGAAUUGGAUGUAGCAUGUUUGACGUGUCAUUAUACUAUGAGUGUUUUAUGUACUUUUUAUAUAUACAGUGUAAUAAAGCUUUGAUCUAUGUUACUUUUGUU